GUUUGUAUAUAAGAGAGAGAGGAAAUCACUUUCUCAUCAUCCCAGUGUGAGCCCCUGAUCCAAACAACAACCAUGAUUGCAAAGAUUGUCCUUUUGUGCGCUGCUUUUGCAGUUGCCAUUGCCAACCCCAUCUUAACCACUUCCAUCAUCAACACAGGUGUCAGUACAAGCGCAAGAUCCCAAGACGGACUGGGCAAUUACGCUUUCAACUAUGGCAUCGGAGAUGGCUUGGGUGCCACCAAUGCCAGGGCUGAAAUCGGAGAUGCCGCCGGAAACAAACAAGGAAGCUACACCAUCACCGACAUUGACGGCAGAGCCCGAAGAGUCGACUACGUCGCCGAUGCUGCAGGUUUCAGAGCUUCCGUCAAGACCAACGAACCUGGAACCGCCCUCAGCGCCCCAGCUUCCGCUGCUAUUGCCAGUCCCUAUGCUCCACCAGUCGCCCCAGUAGCACCCGCUGUAGCUGCCCCUGUUGUUGCUGCAGCCCCUGCUCUGGCUGCAGCUCCUCUUCUUGCUGCCCCGGGCGUUUCUUCUUACAGCACCGUUAUUGGACAUGGAGCUACCCUCGGCCUCCCUCUUGGAGCUGGACUUUUGGCACCUGGAAUCGCCAAGACCAUCGUUUGGUAAACGAAGAUCCUUCUGACCUAAAGCAAACAUCAUACAAAUAGAAAUUAAAUGGAAACUGACCAAAGGAAAACCAAAUCUUAACCACUUAUAGGUACCACCAUCUUUCCAUUAACGGGUAUCAAGAGUUGGAAUAAGCUUCAUGUGCUUGGUCUUUCAUGUAAAUAGUGUUGGCACAAAUAAAAAAAAGAUGCUAAAAUUUCUUGUAUUUUUAGUAGUUCACCAUUCACUUUCCAGAAAUAAAAGACAAAUAUUUUAA